GGUACACUUUUUUAAGGAACCACAAGGUCCACAAGACUACACGAUCAUCUCUCGACCCCCUUCUCAUGCUCUGUCUCACUACACGGUAGAAACCCUUGUUGAAUUCCUCCGCCUCUCUCUCUCGUUGUGCAGCAAAACCCUAGCACCAUCGGGUAGCCAUGGCUCAAAACAUCUCUCUCUUGUAGUACCACCGCAUGACGGGUACUACAGGGAAAAAAAUUUCGCCGACUCCCUACCAUCUACGACUCCCAACUGUCACUAUCGACUCCCAACUAUCACUAUCGACGACUCCCAACCAUCUUUUGAGCCAUCAGCAUUUGCAAUCUACUGUGUUGUUUUUAGAAUGGGAUCUGCACUCACCCGAGGUAUACUAUAACCGUAGUUUCAGAAGGGGACCAAGUAAUGCAUUCAACAUUUUGUACGAGUCCGAUUCUGACCUUGAAUGGUCAGGAAAAAAAAUUUGCCCUCCAAGUGUUUGUUUAUAUUACUCAAUCAAUUGCCAUUCAGUAACUUUCUGCUUGUUACCUGGAAAACAUGGUAAAUGUGGCAAAUAGAGUGGUAUGGAACUCUUAACUUGUGUUGGUAGUUUUACCCUUAUGCUCUUCUAUAUGGAACACAAACUUUGGUUUGUUAAGUUUUCUUUCGCAUUGUCAUUUUAGUUGCUAGUAAGCUAGGAGAAAAGUGAACAAAUUGUUUGCAAGGUGCCUUUAGUAAAUUGGGGAUCAUAAACAUCGUCAAUAUCGUUUCUUUUUAAGUUUCGGGUUCCUUCAAUGGAUUGAGAUCUGUGUGUUUGUAUUCUUUGUAUAGGGGUUGAUGUUAAUGUGUUCAGAUUUGCUAAAUUAGUAGGACUUCAAAGUAUUUAGACAACUGUGUAGGAGGAACCACAACAGUCAGGCCCAACCUCCUGUUGGGUUACUCUCUUUAUCCAAUUUGGUGCAUUUGCACUUUAUUUAAAGAAGAAUAUGUUUGUGCUUGAACAUAAUAUACAUGUCCUCUAUUUAAGUAUUUUGAACCUACAUGUUUUGAAGGUGACUAUAACAUGGUUUGGAUUGGAACUGGUAGAGGUAAGAGCUUAAAGAAAGAGUCAAUACUUAUUUAUACUUAGCAUUUUGAGUUUCUUUACUUUCUCUUAAGUACUUGUUCCUUAACAUAUUUGUACCAUUUGAAUGGCUUUUUAGCAUUAAUCGACUAAUUUGAUGCUUCUAUGCAGGUAAUGUAAUUACGAGAAGCAUGUAGCCAUCUGCCAUCCUCAACUCUAUCCUAG